AUGAGCUCGGAGCCAGGAUCUACAAUCAAAUAUCGAUAACGCCUUGAUUGUUGUGAGGAUGUCAGACUGCAAGCAGAUCGCCGCUCAGAAGAGCGCUAAGAUCGCAGCAGGAGCAGUGGUGUGUGUGGAGAGCGAGAUCAGAGGAGAUGUGACCAUCGGAGCCCGGACCGUGGUGCACCCCAAAGCCCGGAUCAUCGCGGAGGCGGGGCCCAUCAUCAUCGGAGAGGGGAACCUGAUCGAGGAGCAGGCGCUCAUCAUCAACAGUUACCCGGAAAACCAGCUGCCGGACUCUGAGGGCGCGGAGCAGAAAACCAUGACCAUCGGGACCAACAAUGUGUUUGAAGUGGGAUGUGUGUCUCAGGCCCUGAACAUAGGAGACAACAACGUGAUCGAGUCAAAGGCUGACCUGGGCAGGAGGGUGGUGCUGAGCAGCGGCUGCAUCGUGGGCGCCUGCUGCCAGCUCAACACCUGCGAGGUGGUGCCGGAGAACACGGUGGUGUACGGCUGUGGCACCAACCGCCGCCUGCAGAGCGAGAAGCCUCAGCCUCAGACUCUGCAGCUGGACUUCCUGAUGAAGAUCCUGCCAAACUACCACCAUCUGAAGAAGACAGUGAGAGGAAACAGCACCACCCCUGUGAGGAACUGACUCCCCCUUCUUUACAUCCACAUGUGAGGAUCUCACUCCACCCUCUUUACCUCCACCCGUGAUAAUCAUUUUUCAGCAGUUUCUGCUUUUUCACUUCUUUUUCUGAUCUAUUUUAGACCUGACAUUGUAAAUCUCCUUGUUAAUUAAUUACAUUUAAAUGUCUUUAUAAUUGUUCUGGUAAAGAUUGCAAUAAAUAUUAUCUUCAUUUUUCAAAUAUA